AUGCCAACUAAGGCUCUUGGAGAGACUUUGAAGGAAUACAUCGUCGUCGGACGUAAGAUCCCGACUGAAAAGGAGCCAGUGACUCCAAUUUGGAAGAUGCAAAUCUUCGCCUCCAACCACAUCAUCGCCAAGUCGCGAUUCUGGUACUUCGUGUCUAUGCUUCGUCGUGUGAAGAAGGCCAACGGAGAGAUUCUCUCGGUCAAGCAGGUCUUCGAAAAGAAGCCAGGAACCGUCAAGAACUACGGAGUCUGGCUUAAAUACGAUUCCCGUACCGGACACCACAACAUGUACCGCGAGUACCGUGACACCACCGUCGCUGGAGCCGUCACCCAGGCUUACCGUGACAUGGGAGCUCGUCAUCGCGCCCAGGCUGACCGCAUCCACAUCCUCAAGGUCCAGACCGUCAAGGCCGACGAAACCCGUCGUGCUGGAAUCAAGAUGUUCCACGACUCCAAGAUCCGUUUCCCACUCCCACACCGUGUCACCAAGAGAAGAAACCUCAACGUCUUCACCACCGCUCGCCCAAGAACGCACUUUGCUUAA